CAUGUCUGGCAAGGGCGCUAAGGGCCUCUCCGGCAAGGGCCUCUCCGGCAAGGGCGGCAAGGUCUCCUCCAAGGGCGACAAGAAGAAGCCCACCUCCCGCUCCGUGAAGGCUGGCCUGCAGUUCCCCGUCGGCCGCAUCCACCGCUUCCUCAAGAACCGCGCCGCCUCCGGCGGCCGCGUCGGCGCCACCGCCGCGGUUUACUCCGCCGCCAUCCUCGAAUACCUCACCGCCGAGGUCCUCGAGCUCGCGGGUAACGCGUCCAAGGAUCUCAAGGUGAAGCGCAUCACGCCCCGCCACCUCCAGCUCGCCAUCCGUGGUGAUGAGGAGCUCGACACCCUCAUCAAGGCGACGAUCGCCGGUGGUGGUGUGAUCCCGCACAUCCACAAGUCGCUGAUCAACAAGUCCUCCAAGAAGUCCGACUAA